AUGAGCCACCUCCCAGUUAGCAGUUGGUGUUACUCCUUUUGCUAACUUGCCCAGUGUGGUGUGAAGGUAUCCAUGCCCUGAUCACCAUGAAACCUACGCUGUUUUUCCAUAAGCUCCUCGUAUGAUUACUUAUACUAGAGAGUUUGAAGAGUGGGGGGAGAUGGAAGGUUGUCCCUGCUAAUCCAGGUCGAGAAUUGGACAUGAGGCUAACCUCACCUCAGAAAACAAUUUAUGUUUAAAAAAUGUAAUGCUGGAUGGAUAGUUGAUGGAAACUGCUAAAGGAAGGUUCUGAGGAGAGCGACAUCUGGUGGCUAAGAAUGUUUUCAUUUCACUCUUGACAGGAGUACUGACAUACAUUUGGCAUUCAUGUGAUUAGAACUUAUCAGAGAAGUGUGGCGAAGAAAGAUUAUAGAAAUAAGCCAGAAAGGAAGUAGCACUAGAGUAGGUCAUCUCCAAGUGCUUCGGUUUGCCCUACGAACUCACAUUCCACCAACUUCUGUACACAUCAUCAGUCAGGCCCAGUAGGGUAUGACAUACCAAAUGGACUGAGUGCCACCCCACUCCAAGAAAAGAGAAAAAGAAAAGAUAGGCAGAAUGAAAGAGGGAUGAUUCAGAAUGAAAUGGCUUGAAGAUACAGAGAGUGAUUUAUGAGGGAUGAAAGUGACAAGAUGGAUGCACAAGGCAAAUGAUAGAGAAGAAUUAGUGUGUGUCAUAAAGGAGGCCAAGGUUCCUGGAGGACCUCAGAGGCAAGAAGUAAAAAGAUGGAUACUCUCCAGGAGCAGUUGAAGACAUUGAGAGAAACGAUAGAUGCAUUUCCCAUCGGAGCAGCAACUUGUAAUGAGUAUUCUUUGGAAAAUGAAAUUGCAAGAACUGCCGACACAAUCACUUUAGUCAGUGCCAGACUACUGAUGCUCAGAGCUCAGGACAAGCAGCGAAGACUUCCACAAGAUACAGAGUUGCUUGACCUCCGCCAAUUUUCUGAAGUACUGGACGAGUAUGCAGAAGAAAUAUCAAAGGCUAGUCUGCGCAAAUUGGCAUGGAAAAAUUCCAUUGAAGCAUCUGAGAUCCGUAGGCUGAUAGCAGAUUCAGCAUUGGAUGAGCCAGGAACAUGCCCAGAAUCUUUUCAGAUCUUGGUGGAUCUGCUGACCACAGUGACCAGCUUGAACUGUCACUUGAGGGGUGUACUGAAGGAGCAGCGAGAUACAGCACUGCAGAUCACAGACAGACGGAAGGAACUACAGCUCAAGUUGCAGAACUACAAGGAACUGUUGGUGGCACAGGAACUGGACUGGCAAGAACAUGCCGUUGGGCAGGAACGGGAAAACAUAGAGCUAAAGAAGAGGUUACAGUUGAAACUAGAGAAACUGAAUGUGAUGCGGAUUCUCAUGGUAAACCUCAUAGGCUUUAGCAACAUCAACUAUAUUAAGCAUCAACAGUGGACUGACAUGCUCAUUGAGAAGCAAGGACUUCUUUCAUUACAGUCCUUUACACCUUCUGACUCUGCAGCACAAUGAACAGCUGUACACUUUAUGCAUAACUUGAAUACAAAAGAAGCACAAAAAAGUGUUACCUAGUAAGAUAUUUAGUGGUCUUUAUAUUUAGUUCUUACAUCUAGAUAAGAUCUCUGGAGUACAUAUACUGUUUAUGCUUCUUCCUGUUUCUCCUGUUUUAUAAAUGGAAACUUGAGACAUAAAAUUGCAACCAAAUGAACCACCAGAGUUUCCAGACCAAUCCAUGGCCAUUCACACUUGUGGAAAUGGACAUCAAAUUGAAGACAAAUAGCCAGAACCUUCAUCUAGUUAGCCACUGAGCUUGAGACCGUCUGGGUUGAUGUGCUUACAGUAUAAUUUCCAGACACCGUGAAAGAGAACUAGUGUGAGCUUCUCACACGUGUAGUUGUGAAUCUUGAUCCUCUCAGGUAUAAGAAGCAGACACUUCUCCCACAAAGUUGAAUCUGCUUUGGUUCCGCUAGUGGAAUUGAUAAAUCUACAGCCUAAACAUAGUAAAUCUGAUUACAGAUGUUAACAAGUGCUCCCCGAAGGUCCAUGUACAUUCAGAGUUCUCCACAUAAAAGUUUGAUCUAUGCGUUGAUGUUCUUACAAAACAGAACUUCCCUUUUGACAUUUCCCUACAGUUCUUCAUUUCUAUGAGGAUCCACUGAUCUGUAAAUAUGUUUUUAAAGUGAGACUUGACAUUCUUAUGGCAGUGGCUCUGAAGAAGGUACCACUUUCUUCUGAAAUGUUGGUACCCAUCUACUGAACCAUGUUGCAUCACAUUCUGGAAGACUAAUCUUUUCAUUUUAAAUGUAACUUGGGAGAUGUUCUUUUAAGUAUUGUAAUGUGUAGUACUGUUGCUAUUCACUGAUUGCGAGAAGGAACACGCAUUGCUUGGUAAUGGUUGGUAAACAUGUUCCAAUGGAAAUGAUAUCACUAUACAACCACCCCUGACAACAAUAGAAGGAUUGUUAAGAGGUGGUGUUUUCUGUUGGGUCUUCUCUGAGUUUAUAUAAUGAGGACAGCAGCCAAGCUGCAAUCAGUUGUUAACAGUUCAGUUGAGUGAAGUGACAUGAAGUAGCUGAUUGGUGAGAGAGUUCAGGUGUCAAUUUAGUUGAAAGUCAGUCUGUGAAGAGAAGACUUGGAGAUUGGUGUGAAAUGGCCACCAGUCUGGAAUCCAGUUAGU